CGGGUGUGUGCGUCUGUCCCUCGGAGGGGCAGCCCUCGCUUGUGGUGCCCGGUGACUGGGAGUGACCUCAGAAGGGCCCGCGUGGGGCGCGGAGGAGAGGGGACGCGCAGCUGCCCACCGGCAUCCUCGUCCCGGCCCUCCGCUCCCCACCAGGCGUGGGAAGUAGAGAUAAAACCGAAAGGGAGGGAGGCGCGGAGGCAGGAGCGGGCGGAGUGAUGGGAACCGCGUGAGCGCGGCCAAGAGUUUCAGGUUUCUCAUUGCAGGGAUCACUGAUUGAGAAAUAGAUGGCUUUGCCUCGCCUCACAGGAGCCUUGCGCUCCUUUUCAAAUGUUACCAAGCAAGAUAAUUAUAGUGAAGAAAUGGCUGACUUAAAGCUAAAGCGAUCCAAACUUCAUGAACAAGUUUUAGAUUUGGGACCGACAUGGAAGAAUAUAGUAACAUUUUUGAAUGAAAACCUGGAGAAGAGUGAAAUGCAAAGUAUAAAUGAAGACUUAAAAGACAUAUUACAAGCUGCAAAACAAAUAGUUGGAACAGAUAAUGGGAGAGAAGCAAUUGAAAGUGGGGCUGCAUUUCUGUUUAUGACAUUUCACUUGACGGAUUCUGUUGGUCACAUGGAGACAAAGGCUAUCAAACAGAUGUUUGGUCCCUUUCCAUCAUCAUCUGCUACUACAGCUUGUAAUGCCACUAAUCGAAUCAUUUCUCAUUUUAAUCAAGAUGAUCUUACUGCUCUUGUCCAGAAGACAGAAAAGGAAUCUAGUGAUACAGUAUUUUUUGGUAAAAAUUUAGCAUUUUCAUUUGACAUGCAUGAUCUGGACCACUUUGAUGAACUGCCAAUAAAUGGUGAAGCCCAGAAAACUAUAAGCCUAGAUUACAGAAAGUUUCUGAAUGAACAUUUUCAGGAGCAUUCCACCCCAGAGCUCAAGCCUGUGGAAAAAACAAAUGGCUCCUUUUUGUGGUGUGAAGUUGAAAAGUACUUAAAUGCAACUUUGAAGGAAAUGACUGAAGCACCAAGAAUAGAAGAUCUUUGCUGUACUUUGUAUGACAUGCUUGCUUCUGUUAAAAGUGGUGAUGAACUUCAGGAUGAGUUAUUUGAAUUGCUUGGACCUGAAGGACUUGAUCUUAUUGAGAAACUUCUCCAGAACAGAAUUACAAUUGUGGAUCGAUUUCUUAAUUCUUCAAAUGAUCAUAAGAUUCAAGCUCUUCAAGACAAUUGCAAAAAAGUUCUAGGAGAGAAUACCAAACCUAAUUAUGGUUGUCAAGUCACUAUUCAAUCCGAACAAGAAAAGCAGUUAAUGAAACAAUAUCGACGUGAAGAAAAACGAAUUGCCAGACGAGAAAAAAAGACUGGAGAAGAUGGAGAAGUUUCUGGAGAAGUACUUAUGGGCUUUGAUCCUAAGGAAUUGCGGAUACACAGAGAGCAGGCACUUCUGAAUGCUAGAAGUGUUCCAAUUCUCAGCAGGCAGAGAGACAUGGACAUUGAAAAAAUUCAUUAUCCCCAUGUUUAUGAUUCCCAGGCUGAAGCCAGGAAAACAUCAGCAUUCAUUGCUGGUGCAAAGAUGAUUUUACCAGAAGGAAUCCAAAGAGAGAAUAACAAGCUUUAUGAAGAAGUAAGGAUUCCCUAUAGUGAACCAAUGCCAAUUGGCUUAGAGGAGAAGCCAGUUUAUAUCCAAGACUUAGAUGAGAUUGGACAGUUGGCUUUUAAAGGAAUGAGGAGACUUAACAGAAUUCAGUCAAUAGUAUUUGAGACUGCCUACAACACCAAUGAGAACAUGUUGAUUUGUGCCCCUACUGGAGCUGGAAAGACCAAUAUUGCAAUGCUUACAGUCUUGCAUGAAAUUCGCCAACAUUUUCAACAAGGUGUUAUCAAAAAGAAUGAAUUUAAGAUUGUAUAUGUUGCUCCAAUGAAAGCCUUGGCAGCUGAAAUGACAAAUUACUUCAGCAAACGUCUAGAGCCACUGGGUAUCAUUGUGAAAGAAUUGACUGGUGAUAUGCAGUUGUCAAAAAAUGAAAUUUUACGAACUCAGAUGCUUGUUACCACACCAGAAAAAUGGGAUGUAGUGACAAGAAAGAGUGUUGGGGAUGUUGCUCUUUCCCAAAUUGUAAAACUCCUUAUUCUUGAUGAAGUUCAUUUGCUGCAUGAAGAUAGAGGACCGGUAUUAGAAAGCAUAGUUGCACGUACUUUACGGCAGGUUGAAUCCACACAGAGUAUGAUAAGGAUACUUGGACUGUCUGCAACCUUACCCAACUACCUUGAUGUUGCUACAUUUUUACAUGUUAAUCCCUACAUUGGACUUUUCUACUUUGAUGGCCGUUUUCGUCCAGUACCUCUUGGACAGACAUUUUUGGGGAUUAAAAGUGCAAAUAAGAUGCAGCAGUUGAAUAACAUGGAUGAAGUAUGCUAUGAAAGUGUUUUGAAGCAAGUAAAAGCUGGACACCAGGUGAUGGUGUUUGUACAUGCUCGAAAUGCCACUGUAAGAACAGCUAUGUCUCUUAUAGAAAGAGCAAAAAAUUGUGGCCAGAUAUCCUGCUUUUUACCUACCCAAGGACCUGAAUAUGGACAUGCAGAAAAACAGGUGCAAAAGUCAAGAAAUAAGCAAGUACGAGAGUUAUUCCCAGAUGGUUUUAGUAUUCAUCAUGCAGGAAUGCUUCGGCAGGACAGAAAUUUAGUUGAAAACUUGUUUUCCAAUGGUCAUAUCAAAGUCCUAGUCUGUACAGCUACGUUAGCCUGGGGUGUCAAUCUCCCUGCUCACGCUGUUAUUAUUAAGGGAACACAAAUAUAUGCUGCAAAAAGAGGCUCCUUUAUUGACCUUGGAAUUUUAGAUGUCAUGCAGAUAUUUGGCCGAGCUGGACGACCACAAUUUGACAAAUUUGGGGAAGGAGUCAUUAUAACAACACAUGAUAAACUCAGCCAUUAUCUCACUCUCCUCACUCAACAAAACCCAAUUGAGAGUCAGUUUCUGGAAAGUCUUGCAGAUAACCUAAAUGCAGAGAUUGCUCUGGGAACAGUCACAAACGUGGAAGAAGCAGUAAAGUGGAUAAGUUACACUUACCUUUAUGUACGGAUGAGAGCAAAUCCAUUAGUGUAUGGCAUCAGUCACAAAGCUUAUCAGACCUUUAAUGAACUCUUCGAUGCUCACAAAACAGAAGGUGACAUAUUUGCGAUAGUCUCCAAAGCCGAAGAAUUUGAUCAGAUCAAGGUCAGAGAAGAAGAAAUAGAGGAGUUAGAUGCUCUAUUAAACAAUUUUUGUGAACUCUCAGCUCCUGGAGGUGUAGAAAAUAGUUAUGGGAAAAUAAACAUCUUACUUCAAACUUACAUCAGCCGAGGAGAGAUGGAUAGUUUCUCCCUUAUAUCAGAUUCUGCAUAUGUUGCACAGAAUGCAGCUAGAAUCGUUCGUGCCCUUUUUGAAAUUGCUCUGAGGAAACGUUGGCCUACCAUGACCUACAGGCUCCUGAAUCUUAGUAAAGUCAUCGACAAGAGGCUUUGGGGUUGGGCUAGCCCUUUGAGACAAUUUUCAGUGUUACCACCACACAUUCUAACAAGAUUAGAAGAAAAAAAUCUUACUGUAGAUAAGCUGAAAGAUAUGAGGAAAGAUGAAAUAGGUCACAUUUUGCAUCAUGUGAAUAUUGGACUGAAGGUCAAACAAUGUGUUCAUCAGAUUCCUUCUGUUAUGAUGGAAGCAUCCAUUCAGCCUAUCACACGGACUGUCCUCCGAGUGACACUCAGCAUCUACCCUGAUUUCACAUGGAAUGAUCAGGUCCAUGGGACAGUAGGAGAACCCUGGUGGAUUUGGGUGGAAGAUCCUACAAAUGAUCAUAUUUAUCAUUCAGAGUAUUUUCUAGCUCUUAAAAAACAGGUCAUUAGUAAAGAAGCUCAACUACUGGUAUUUACAAUCCCUAUUUUUGAACCUUUGCCUUCCCAAUACUAUAUCCGAGCAGUUUCUGAUAGAUGGUUAGGAGCGGAGGCUGUUUGUAUUAUCAACUUCCAACAUCUGAUUCUACCAGAGAGGCAUCCGCCCCAUACAGAAUUACUGGAUCUUCAGCCUUUGCCAAUUACGGCUUUGGGAUGUAAAGCAUAUGAAGCGCUGUACAACUUCAGCCACUUUAACCCUGUGCAGACACAAAUAUUUCAUACACUGUAUCACACAGACUGUAAUGUCCUACUUGGAGCACCCACUGGAUCARGAAAGACUGUUGCAGCUGAAUUAGCUAUUUUCAGAGUCUUCAACAAGUAUCCCUCCUCAAAGGCGGUUUAUAUUGCACCCCUAAAAGCCCUAGUUCGUGAAAGAAUGGAUGACUGGAAGGUUAGAAUAGAAGAAAAACUUGGUAAAAAAGUUAUUGAACUAACAGGGGAUGUGACUCCUGAUAUGAAAUCCAUUGCCCAGGCUGACCUUAUUGUCACUACACCAGAAAAGUGGGAUGGAGUCAGCAGAAGCUGGCAAAAUAGGAACUAUGUUCAGCAAGUUACUAUUCUCAUCAUAGAUGAAAUUCAUCUGCUUGGGGAAGAAAGAGGUCCUGUUCUAGAAGUCAUUGUAUCUCGAACAAAUUUUAUCUCCUCACACACAGAAAAGCCUGUUAGGAUAGUUGGACUGUCUACUGCAUUAGCUAAUGCUAGAGACCUUGCUGACUGGCUAAAUAUUAAGCAGAUGGGCUUGUUCAACUUCCGACCAUCAGUACGCCCUGUUCCACUGGAAGUUCAUAUUCAAGGCUUCCCAGGUCAACAUUACUGUCCCCGCAUGGCAAGUAUGAACAAGCCUGCAUUUCAGGCAAUUAGAAGUCAUUCUCCAGCCAAACCUGUUUUGAUAUUUGUCUCAUCAAGACGUCAGACUAGACUUACUGCUUUGGAAUUGAUAGCCUUUCUGGCUACUGAAGAAGAUCCAAAGCAGUGGUUGAACAUGGAUGAAAGAGAAAUGGAAAACAUCAUUGGAACAGUACGAGAUUCCAACCUGAAGUUGACACUUGCUUUUGGAAUAGGAAUGCAUCAUGCUGGCCUCCAUGAAAGGGACCGAAAAACAGUAGAGGAAUUAUUUGUGAACUGUAAAGUUCAGGUUCUUAUUGCUACAAGCACGUUAGCCUGGGGUGUAAACUUUCCAGCUCAUUUAGUAAUUAUUAAAGGAACAGAAUAUUAUGAUGGAAAAACAAGACGUUAUGUAGAUUUUCCCAUUACAGAUGUGCUCCAGAUGAUGGGAAGGGCUGGGCGCCCUCAGUUUGACGACCAAGGCAAAGCUGUAAUUCUGGUUCAUGAUAUUAAAAAAGACUUUUACAAAAAAUUUCUGUAUGAACCUUUCCCGGUAGAAUCAAGCUUAUUAGGAGUGCUAUCUGACCACUUAAAUGCAGAGAUCGCUGGUGGUACAAUAACAUCUAAGCAAGAUGCAAUGGACUAUAUCACCUGGACUUACUUUUUCCGACGUCUUAUCAUGAACCCCAGCUACUACAAUUUAGGUGAUGUGAGCCAUGAUUCUGUAAACAAGUUUCUGUCCCAUCUGAUUGAAAAGUCCCUGGUUGAGUUGGAACUUUCCUACUGUAUUGAAAUUGGAGAGGAUAAUCGGAGCAUUGAGCCUCUCACGUACGGCCGAAUUGCCUCCUAUUACUAUUUGAAGCACCAAACCGUUAAAAUGUUCAAGGACCGUUUGAAACCCGAAUGCACUAUUGAAGAAUUGCUGUCAAUUCUGAGUGAUGCAGAAGAAUACACAGAUUUGCCAGUAAGACACAAUGAAGAUCAUAUGAACAGUGAAUUGGCAAAAUGUCUUCCUGUUGAAUUAAAUCCCCAUUCAUUUGACAGCCCUCACACCAAAGCCCAUCUCCUGCUUCAGGCGCACCUCAGUCGAGCCAUGCUGCCCUGCCCAGAUUAUGACACUGACACCAAAACAGUCUUGGACCAAGCUCUCAGAGUAUGUCAGGCAAUGCUGGAUGUGGCUGCAAACCAAGGUUGGCUGGUGACUGCCCUGAAUAUCACCAACCUGGUUCAGAUGUUGAUCCAGGGUAGGUGGUUAAAAGAUUCUUCUCUUCUUACACUACCAAACAUAGAACAGCACCAUCUUCACCUUUUCAGGAAAUGGAAACCAGUUAUAAAGUGCUCACGUGCUAGGUGCCGAACCUCCAUUGAGUGCCUUCCUGAACUGAUUCAUGCCUGUGGAGGGAAAGACCAUAUAUUCAGCUCCAUGGUCGAGAAGGAGCUACAGGCCACCAAAACAAAACAGGCAUGGAAUUUUUUAUCUCGUUUGCCAGUGAUAGAUGUUGGCAWAAGUGUUAAAGGCUCAUGGGAUGACUUAGCUGAAGGACACAAUGAACUCUCUGUCUCAACUCUGACUGCAGACAAACGAGAUGACAACAAAUGGAUCAAAUUGCAUGCUGAUCAGGAGUAUGUGCUCCAAGUCAGCUUGCAGAGAGUCCACUUUGGGUUCCACAAGGGAAAGCAAGAGAGCUCUGCAGUUACCCCUCGAUUUCCCAAAUCAAAAGAUGAAGGAUGGUUCUUGAUAUUAGGAGAAGUGGACAAGAGAGAACUUAUUGCUUUAAAACGAGUAGGAUAUGUUCGAAAUCAUCACAUUGCUUCCCUUUCUUUUUUCACCCCUGAAAUACCCGGAAGGUAUAUCUUCACUCUCUAUCUCAUGAGUGACUGCUACCUUGGUCUGGACCAGCAGUAUGACAUUUACCUCAACGUCACACAAGCAAGCAUUUCCAUGCAGGUCAACACAGAGGUCUCUGAUGCCUUCACUGACCUGGCAAUAAAAUAACCUGACCCAAACAAUGCAUUUGAAAGAAUUUGUUAAGGAAUCUAGCUGUUCAGUCAUCUGGACAAAGUUGAAUUACUUGAUGUUUGCCUUGACAGAAUCAACUCCUAACCUCAAGACAUCCAGGAAAUUAACAGUGGCUGUAGUAUUGACUCCAGCGACACCAAGUUAGCCACAGUGGCCUUUUAACAAAUGUUGCCUUUUAUAAUAUUGUCUUCUUUCUUUACAUGUAAAAUGAAUGAGCAUGUAGAAUAAUCUUAUAAUUUGUGUAUAUUUGAGGUUAUAUGAGUUAUCAAUCAAAUUUUACAUCUCAUAAUGUACUGUUUACAUGAAUACUGGUUUUUCCUUUUUUUAAGACAAACUACAUUGAGGUGUGACCAUGUUAGGAUUUUAACUCUGCAUCAUAAAAUGUAUAAAUCUAUGAGGUGAUAUAUACAGUGUGUCUUGUGAGCAAAAUUUAUACUUUGAUCUGAUCACAAUGAAAUGAUUUCAAGAAUUUCUUAUAAAUGUUAAUAAUAUAUGACGUAAAAUUAUAUUACAGAGUCCAAUGACAAUUAAAAAAAGAAAAUAAUAUACUGAUCUUAGAAAAUGUAGAUAUAAUACUGGUGGAAAUUAAAUAUAUAGAGUGCCACUUCAAGA